UUCCGCCUUCUCCUCCCCCCACUUCCGCUUCCGCCCCACCAGUCACCAACCCCUGCUUUCGCCGCCGCGUCUGCGUCUCUGGGAGCGGCAGCAGGACGGCGAGUGGCUCUCCGAGCAGCUCGAUGGAGGCCCGGCGCGGCUGGCCGGUGGGGGGCGCUGGCUCUCGCUCGCUGGCUCUGGGAUGGAUUUUCCGCGGCCUAGCCUGGACUCCGGACCAGCCACCAUCUUAGAGGAGAGGAGCGGAGCGGGCUGUGCAGCGGGACGGAGGGGCUUUGGGGUCGGGCCCUGCCGCAGACAGAUACUGGGAACCAGCUCUACUAUUAUUUAUAUACAGAACAUUUUGAUGUCAUGGAGGUACUGUUUUCAAAAGACCUGCACGUAACUGGCUGAAAAAAAUGGCUCCACAAGAUGACAAUCUCAGCCCUAAUAUGGUCUAAAUGGAGACAGCUUUCAUCUUGACAAUGGCAGCUUGAAGUCUAUUAAAGUCCAAGCAUUUAUUUUGUUUUUAAAAAUUGUGCAGGUUACAAAUGGUGUGGGUUUUUAUCAUGAACCGAAUGAGCUCCCAGUGCAGUUCCUCCACUCAGCGUAAGCGAAUGGCUCUUGGAAUUGUCAUUCUUCUACUUGUUGAUGUGAUAUGGGUUGCCUCCUCAGAACUCACUUCAUAUGUUUUUUCGAAGUACGAGAAGCCUUUUUUCAGUACCUUUGCAAAAACGUCCAUGUUUGUUCUAUACCUCUUGGGAUUUAUUGUUUGGAAACCAUGGAGGCAACAGUGUACACGUGGGUUUCGUGGAAGGCAUGCAGCUUUUUUUGCAGAUGCUGAAGGUUAUUUUGCUGCUUGUACAACAGAUAACACUGUAAACAGUUCUUUGAGUGAACCUUUGUAUGUUCCUGUAAAGUUUCAUGACUUGCCAAGUGAAAAGAGUGGCAGUGCUAAUAGUGAUACUGAAAAAACUCCCAAAAAGCCUCGUGUAAGGUUCAGUAAUGUUAUGGAGAUUCGACAACUCCCAUCGAGCCAUGCAUUGGAAGCAAAGUUGUCUCGCAUGUCAUAUCCAACUGUUAAGGAGCAGGAAUCAAUAUUAAAAACUGUAGGGAAACUCACUGCAACUCAAGUAGCAAAAAUCAGCUUUUUCUUUUGCUUUGUGUGGUUUUUGGCAAACUUCUCUUAUCAAGAAGCACUCUUACAUGCACAAGUUGCCAUAGUUAAUAUCGUAUCUUCAACCUCUGGACUUUUUACCUUAAUCUUAGCUGCAGUGUUUCCAAGUAACAGUGGAGAUCGGUUUACCCUUUCCAAACUGUUAGCUGUCGUUUUAAGCAUUGGCGGUGUAGUACUUGUUAAUUUCUCUGGGUCUGAGAAAUCUCCAGGAAGAGGUACAAUAGGUUCCCUAUGGUCUCUUGUAGGAGCAAUGCUGUAUGCUGUCUAUAUAGUUAUGAUAAAAAGAAAAGUAGACAGAGAAGAUAAGCUUGAUAUACCAAUGUUCUUUGGUUUUGUAGGCCUCUUCAAUCUGCUGCUGCUAUGGCCAGGUUUCUUCCUACUUCAUUAUACUGGAUUCGAGGCCUUUGAGUUUCCCAAUAAAUUGGUAUUGAUGUGCAUUGUCAUUAAUGGCCUUAUUGGAACAGUUCUGUCAGAAUUCCUCUGGCUGUGGGGCUGCUUUCUUACCUCAUCACUGAUAGGCACACUUGCGCUAAGCCUUACCAUACCUCUGUCCAUAAUAGCUGACAUGUGCAUGCAGAAGGUGCAGUUUUCCUGGUUAUUUUUUGCAGGGGCAAUCCCUGUAUUUUUCUCAUUUUUCAUUGCAACUUUCUUAUGCCAUUAUAACAACUGGGAUCCAGUGAUGGUAGGAAUCAGAAGAAUUUUUGCCUUUAUCUGCAGAAAGCAUCGAAUUCAGAGAAUGCCAGAGGAAAGUGAGCAGUGUGAAAGCCUCAUCCCUAUGCAUAGUGUUUCUCAAGAAGGAGAAAACUGCUGUUCAUAGGCAAUAGUUUCAAGAUGGUUUCAUACUCAGCGAAGAGACAAUCUCCUGGGAAGUCCAUAAGGAACCAUAUUUCAGUGCCUAUUCUACAUUUUGGGAAAAAAAGUUUCAAUUCUUUUGAAACUAAACUUUUAUUUUCCUAUAAUUGCCUGUCUUCAUCUAACUCUAUCAACGAACAAUUUCACUAUGUGCAUAUCACUACAACUAUAGGAAAUCCCAGUCCAUCUAAACAACCAACCUGCCUUAUAAAACUCAACUUGAAAUUACUUGAUAUAAUCAAGAAAGCAAAUGCUGGUCUGGUGAUUUAUUUUUUGUUUUCACAUUUUUGAUAAAUGCUGGACAACAAGUUGUUCAAAAAUUACUUUAAAAAUGAAUACGUUAAUAAGUCUGCAGGUCGUCAUUUCUUACAGGCUCAGAUGAAAAAAGCUAAAUAUGUAGCUUGUAAUAGGUACGGAUUAACAUUUUUGUAUAAAGUCUAUUUGAAUAUUAACACAUGAAAUUAGAAAAAAUAUCUUAAUUUAUUAAAUAAGUACAUUUUUGCAACUGUUAGAGCAGGAUGUAUGCAAGUUUCUGGAACAUUACGUAUAUUGCUUUAUCCCAUUUUAAAAAUCCUUGUAAUAGGAAAGGGUGCUUUGUGUUUAAAAAUCUGCUAUGACCUAACAAUCUGAAACUUUUAAAGACGUGUUAGUAUAAAAAGGUUAUGUAUUUUUAAAGGUGGUAAUUACCAUAAAUUUGGCUGGACAAGCACUUGAUGUAAAAGUUCAUAAUUCAGAAUCAGUCUCUUUUUGAAAACUUAAUAGUCAAAAUUAUUUAAUAUGCAAAAUUGUAAAUAAUUCCAAGAUGCCAUGUGCACAGCUGCUUAUUUGAGGGGAAAAAAACAUCAAGUAGACUUCUAAAUUUUGUAGUUACUCUCUUAAUCUCAACUCAAAUCUUCCAAGCAAUUUUAAAGCUAGAGAUAAUCAUGUUGACUUCGUUUUCCUAAUGAAAUUAUUGUGCAAUGGCUAACUUUCACUGUGACCUGAGUUUUCUUCCCUACUGCAAUGCUGCUGUUCUGUUUGGUGCUGAAAGGUAACGAAUUAAUAAAUAUAUUCACAAGAAUCCUGAAGACAGUCAUUGCCCUCUUCAAAAAGUAAAAUGUGGUAACUUUGGCCAAGAGGUAUUUACUAAUUUAUUUUGUCUUUUAGUGAAUUGUCAUGCUUAUAAAGAGUACAGAUGGACUUUCAGUCAAGGUGACUGAAUCCUCCAGAUAACUACAAAACCUACACUGACAGUGCAAGCUUUCUCAUGCUGCUCUGCCAUUUUGUCUCAACCCUGUUCUGGAGGAAGUGAGGUUUUUCUAGGGAUAAAUGUCCAUUCAGUCUUUGAUCUCUAUAUUACUUCCACCAAGAAGGAUACUAAUUGUGGAAAUGGUGGUGGUGAUUUGGUGAUGUAAAGAAAAAAACUAGUCUAACUGGACUGCAUUAAGACCACAGACUUGGAAAAAUGUUUAGAAGAUUAGUUUUUAAUUUAUUCAACCCCAAAAUCAAUAGCUGUAGGGAGAAGACCAUUGUUAAUUGAAAUGUAUAGGGUAAGUUAAAACAUAGGCUAUUACACUUGCAGGCAGAUAUUUAUUUAUUUCUUUGUUCAUUUUUAUCAAAUACAAAUAUUUUUCUGAAUUUUAUAUCAACGGUUGGUCACUAAACUAUGAACAAAACUUAUCUGAGGCCAACCUUUUUCAAAGUAGGAACAUGAAGAUAGGACCUGAGGUUGGGAUUUUCAAAAGAUUUACAAGCACAGUCCCAUUUGAAAUCACUUAGAUACUUUCAAAAAUUCCAUUUUUGGUCCCAAUAUUUAGUCACCUAUCCUUUAUACUCCUACUUUUGAACACUUAAGCCAGAGUUCCUGAUCUCUUGCAGAAAUGGAGGUCAAUAAAAAUUGGAAAGAAAUACUGAUGUACAUCAAACUGAAUAAAAAAUAACCUUCAGUUCUACUGAACUGGAUUAGUUUUAAACAGUGCAACUAAAAGUGAAUGUCUCUGUCUGUCAGUUACUCAAGUACCCAUGAGAAGACAGGAACUUUAAAUGCCGCAGUUGAACUAUUUUUAUAUUUGAUCUUGGUUAGAAUUUUGGAUGUUUGGCAAGAGGAGAAUUUUCCUGAUAAGGUUAAAAAUGGUUUUUAGGAAACAAGAUAACUCCAGAGAAUUUAAGCGGAAUCCUUACUAAGAAAAGCCAUUAAUUAAGGCAUAGUGGCAGUGGAAUGCAAAUAGUUGUUCCCUUAAAUAAUGAUUACAUCUUCAGUUAAUAUUUGGCUUCUGUCAAGUUUGCCUAGUUAAUGCUCAACACUAAAUCAUGUCCUCUAUAGCAGCGAGAAGGAUAAGGAUUGUGGCAAGGCUAAUUUUGCUUUCCAACAGGUGUGUUGCUCUGUUUUCAGAAGAAAACUACGGUUCCCUUUUAAAUCAAUUGCCCAUGACCCAUAGUUGUUCUGGGCUGUGACAUAUAACUGUGAACCAGAAUCCUUAUUUAACAUAACAAAACAUGACAAAGAUGUGGAAUCUAUCAUCAAAUUCUUGGUUAGUUUAUAGAGUUUUACAUAGCAGUUUUAAAUUGUGUAGAGAAAUACAUUGUGCUGGAAAAAAUGAACAUUAAUACAUAAGAGAAAAUCUUCUCUCUCUGCCUCCUAAGAACAUUCAAAUAACGUUAUAUGUUUAAACAAUUCAGAUGCUGGGACCUCCUCACUAAUUUUUCCAAGAAAAGGGAAAAAAAAAAAAAAAAAAAAAAAGUUUUGAGAAAUCAGAUUUGUUUAGUAUCAUAAAGUGUUACAUACCAUAAAUGACUUCAGCAGUCUUUUUAUUAAAGUGUAGCAUUCUGGGGAGUAGAAUGUAAAAUACAAAACAAAUGAUCUCCCUGAAAGGCCUUAGAUUUUUAAACAAUUGUGCCCCAGUAUUACAAGAGAUGUAUGUAUUACAGUAUUAAUUACUAAAGUUAUAUAUUGUGUUACAUUGUGCCUGCAUUUAAUAAGAGGUAAUGAGAUUUUCUAUACCAACUUGUGAUUUUUAGUAUAAGAACAUCUUUUGUAAGUAACUGUCUUUUUUGUUAGAUAAGUGAUUCAUGGAGCUUUCUGUAAUGGUUGCUUGGUAAAGGCACAAGAGAUUUAGCUUUUGAAUCUCAGGUAUCUGUGCAAUAGUGGCGACAUGUUGAAUAUAAUACUCUUGGUUUGUUUUUGUUUAACAUGACAUGGCAUGCAACUGGAAUCAGUUUCUUGUUACAGUAAGUGAAGAAGCUAUCUCUCCUGGUAGAAUUCUCUUUACCAAUAUGGACUACCAUAACUUGUUUUUUUACUGUUUAAUUGGAAUGUCUUGAUUUUGAUUUAUUUCCUGUAGGAAGUGUAUACACUUAAAAAAAAAUCUUCUCAUAUUUUAAAUUAAUCAUACUUUGAAUGUUGCAUAUUUAAAGAGCAGUGAUUUCCCACAUAUGCCUACAUUAUUGAAAAACAAUGCCAUAUAUAUAGUGCUGUCCAAAAAUUAACUCCUUUAUCGCAGCAUCCUUAUGAGGCAGCUAAAUAAUUAUCUUCAUUUUUACAUAUGGAGAAACUGAUACAGAGCAAAGUUAAGUGAUUUUUCUGACUGCCCCAAAAUAAGUCUUGGAACUCAAGAGUUGAAUGGGAGUAACAAUUAGUCUGAUGCACUAUACUGUGCAGUCCAGUAGAGGGUAAAUAAGGGUUCAGUUCUACUGGCUACAUUCAGCUGGAUCUGUUAAUUACACAAAACUGCAUUAACCCUUUUACUGCUAGUGGCUGCUGCAAACUUUAGCCUAACUCCAGAAAAGCACUUAAGCACUUACGUAACCGCUAGCACUUGAGUAAACUGGUGAUAGUUACAUACAGAUUUAGGUGCUUUACUGAAUUGGGGCCUUCAGCAGUAUUUUCCUUUGAAAUACUAAAUGCCCUUCAAAGGACAGUUAAAACCAGGGUAUUGCAUGUGGUACAUGACAUACUGUGUGUGCUGUUAUGUGCAUCACAUACCUAUUACACAGCAGACGAGAAGUUUAAAAUAGUAAGAGCCUGAAUACUGAGUUUCCUUGCCUUAUGCAAUUGCCAUUCUUCCUGUUUAAUUAUCCCCACUGUGCCUAGGUACUGCUGUUUACUGUUGUGAUUGGUUUCUGCAGACAAAUGGCCUCAGUGAAUAAUUAUUUUUGCUAGGCACUUAGUUUCAUUUAGAUGUAAUGAAGUAGUGGCUAUUUGAAAAUGCCCUUUAAAAAAUGCACAGUAGGGGAAAAAAAAACAUCCUGGAUCUUAUGUAGCUACACACCUGAGCAGGCUGUAAGCAUAGGUGGCAAGUUUAUGUGGGCCUGUAUUGCCUGUGCGCCGCUCCACCAAUAUUCAGGAACAUGGAUCCAGCUCCACCAAUGUUUGGGCUUAUAUUUUCAGAACCGUCCUGUCCAUAGGAUGAACAGGGGCACCGUGCUUCGGAGGGACGUGGAGUCCAGGGCAGCCUGAGAGAUUAGCAGGGAACCUGGAGCUGGCAGCAGUGAGCAACCAGGCCCCAGCCUGUCCUGCUCCGCUCUGCCCUGCCUCUUUCCACCCCUGCUCCACUCCAACCCUUCCCCCAAGCUCCUACCCCGCCUCUUCCCGCCCCUGCUCUGUCCCUGCCUCUGCUCCGCCCUCUGGUUGGACCCGUUCUGAGCACCACCAAAAAUUAUGCAAACCUGGCACCCAUGGCUGUAAGUGCACGGCAUGCAUCUGUGCACAUCUGAUAAGUGUACAGUUUUCAUUAACAAGCAUUGCUAGUCACAGACCGACUAGUGUCUCUUAACUAGUGAUCUGGAAACUUUUCUGUUUUCUGAAUUUAACACGAAGAAGACAGGCAAAUGCAGUGCAGUUCCACCCCCUCAUCAUUAACGCAAUGCUAGUACUGAGAAAUAAGCUACACAAAAAUCAGAAAAUAGCUGAAGUUAAGGUUUCUUUUGCACAACUGAGUUAUAUGACCAUAUUGUGGUCCUAUUACUUUUUAUCUCCUUUCUAGUGUAAAUCCUUACUAUAUUAUCAGUUCUGUUGAGUACUGCAUAACUGUAUAUAUAGUCUGUGCAACUUGAUAAGAGUUAUUGAUGCAGUGAAAACCUUACCUUUUGAUAUUUCUUUGGGAGGUUUUUUGCCUGUUUAUGUUGUAUUUUGUUGUUGGUUUUGGUUUGUUUUUUCCAACAUUGUGUUGCAAUAACACUAGUUCUUUGCACUUUAUAUAAUAUCAUAGCAUGAUUUCUCAGGGAAAUGUGGAUGAUCUUAAACAGCUUGUAUCCAAGGAGGUGAUUUGAAAAUGAAGCAGCAGCCCUUUGUAGGUUUUAUUUGAACAUUGAAUAUAGUUAAUAUUUUGUUUCCUUUGACUUAGCUCCCUCAUCCUGGUUCUUUGGAUAAGGAUGAUAUUAAAAGUAUACUUUCCCAUUGCUCUGAUUUUUCAGAAAUGUAAUUCUGUUAAACUUACCCAGUUUUUCCUACAUAGUUGUACUGUGCAUCAUCUUUACUGUAUGAAAUUGCAUUGAAGUUAAUAGGACUCUUGCUCUGUUGAUUUCAAAGCUGCUCCUCUAUCCAUGGUAGUAUGUUGAUGCCUAUGCUAGGCAUUCAGGGUUAAACAGCUCUGCUGUAUCACAUAUCUAGUUGAGGUUUGUACUCUGAUUUCAGCACACAGUAUAACAGUGUUACCAUGAAUAUGUUCCCUACAUUCAGUGGGGUUUUGGGGGGUUGGACUAGAUGAUCUCCUGAGGUCCCUUCCAACCUUGAUAUUCUAUGAAAGUAAAGUACAGUCAGGUUGUCCUUCAAAUUUUUUCCUCAGCGAAGUUGCUUCCCCGACUAAUUUAAGCCCUCUGAUGUAAAUGGCAGUCUUUCCAUUGUUUUCCAGUGUGUUUUGAGUCAGAAUUUUAUUGAAAUAAGGCUCCCACAAGCAGCUUGAUCUUUCUUCUUACACAGUAUUUCCAUGUGUAAUAUACCUUUGGAAUAUUCUUACUUUAAUAGGAUUUUGCAUAGUAUCAGCCAAUGGGACUUGAUGCAAUAAAAAAUGUAGUGACCCUAGCAUUCUAACAGUUCACUCAAGCCAUUAUUCUCUUAUACCCAAGACAAUAGCAACUUUAUUAGAGUCUUAGGUGUCUUUGGCUCCAAUUGUUAUAAUGUUGGGCUCUAAAUCAGUGGUGUAAGGGAUCCUAUCCAUUUCAGUAAGAUUUAUCAUCAGUAUCAACAUCAAUAUGCGUGCGCUCAUGGACUUGAGCCUCAAGUCCCUCUUCACAGAUUUCUCAGUAUGGCUCUCUGUUUGCACUUGGUUCAGUAUGCAGCAGGAAAUUUGCUUAUUGGUUUAUGCUACUGAGAUUGUAUUGUGCCUGCAACUGUUUUCUUUACAUUGACUGCCUAUAGCCAUGUGACUGACACUACAGGGGUUCUUUUAGAUUUUAAUAGUGUGACCCUGGUUGCAUUUGGCCUUGGCCAGAUGAACAUCUGCACUUGCACUACCUGCAGUUUAAGGGUCCCAUCUUUGCAUCUGCUGUUGGUCCGGCACCAUGUUUUUCUUGUGAUGGAAAGGUUCUUACAGAAUGGCAAAUGUUAGUCCUACAUUUAUUACUUUCCUUACCAGUCCUUUUAUUUCCCUUUUUAAAAUUACUCAGUAUUUUCUUUUAGUGCCUUAAGCCUAUUGGCAAGGAGUGUGGUAUGAAGUCAUUGCUGAAUAUUCUAUAGAGUAAAUAUGGUUGUCCAUUAUAAUAGAAUGGUCUCUGAUACUAGAAUUCAGGGAUGUUUGUACAGUUACCGAUCCACAAACCUACAGUUAUUUCUCAAUUAUACAAAUACCUAUUCUCAGCCUGAGGGGAAUUAGCCAGUCACCAUAGUGUUACAUGUACACUAUGCAAUCCUUGUGUUCUCAUUGACAUAGCUCUCAACAUUUUACAGCUUUAGCCAACCACCAUGGCCACUUCCUUUUCCAAUCCCCUCCAUUCUUUUAUCCUACACACUGCUACUCUAUUCAUUAUAACCCUAACCCGCUGCCUAUUGCUUUGGAGACAGGCUUGACACCCUUGCACAAUAAGUAAUUGAAUAAAAAUAUUAAAUGAGGUUUAAAAGCUUCCUUUCCUUCAGCUUGAGAAACAGCUGUGCUAGUGGAAAGUAUCUUCCAGGAAGUUGCAAAAUGGGAGAGGAGGAAGGAAGAUCAUACAUUAAAAUAAUGUAAAAACAGCAGAUUCAUUGGAAGGAGCAAAAAACCUUGUUGAGCAGCUGGAGAGUUAGGGCUGGAAAUUUCAUUUAACUAGAAAAUGUACAAGGGAAGUUUUUUGUUUUUAUCUGAUUGAAUAUGAAAUGACUAGGAUAUAAAACUGUGAUCUAGUUGCUAGUAAAUGCCAUGCAUAUUAAAUUUAGAAGUUAAUUGCUAGUUGUGAUGCAAUCUAGACAAAGCUAUAUUAAAAGUAGCCAUUUUUUGGUCACAGCGUUUCGUUGACUUCAAAGUAGCAUAUAUUGAGUUCAGUGGGGAGUUGCGCUAUAAUGUGUGAAUUUUAAAAUCACAAUGAGUCUUGGAAGAGAUACUUUGAUACCUGAGGCUUUGGGAGUGGAGGUUUAUAAGGUGGUCUUUAAACAAAAAUAUAUUUUUGUGGAAAUCAUUAUUUUGUCUAUAGAGGUUGGUAGGUUUUAGAAGUUUAGCCAUUUAGCAUUUAAAGAUGAGGAAAACCCAUGAAAUUAACUGUAACAUAGAAUGUUAAUGCUCAUUUAGAGCAUUAACAUUUUGUACUAAAUUUCAACACUCUUCCUCACGAAAUGAAUUCAGAAACCAGGAUGCUAAGGCAGACAACCCUGCAAAACUAUAGUGAAACCACUCGGUGUAACUGAUGAAAAUAGUGUUUGCUUGUACAAAAGUGCUUAAAGCUUCCAGACUCUUUCUAAUAAUUCAAACCACAGCAAGUUCCAGGUAUACAUCUUGUAUGAAAUAUGUAUGUGCUGCAAAAAUUUUUAACCUAUUUUCCUUUGAUGAGACCAGAGCCUCAAUUGCUGAUCACUGAUGCAUAUUGCAUUUGCACCUAAAUAAAUCCUGGUUUCAAAGGGUUUUAAAUCUUGAUCUAUUUUUGAUAAAUAGAAGUGUAGCAUUUUAUCUGAUUUCCAUUUAAUAACAAAAAUAUGCAUGCGAACAAGAACAUGUAAUCAUGGUUUCCUGAGUGAUUAUAAACCCAAGAAAACGGCAGGAUGGCUGUAGUAAUUCUGAAAUGAAGACGCAUGCCUCCUUAGGAACUGGAAGGUAGUCCCCUACUUUAGCACCAACUUGUGCUUUCCGUUUCACUAGUAUAAAUCUGGAGAAGGAAAGACCAGAACUCAGUCAUUAGUUCAUUGCAAGCAAAUAUUAGCUUUAACAUGGAAUUCCAUCAUCUGACACUUUAUUAAUUUUCUUAGGGGGUUUGGUGAAGUAAAAAGUAUAGCAUAGUAUUUUUUAAUCCACAAGAAUUAAAAACAGAUUAAACAAAUGAAAUAUUUUAGAACUUGUACAGGCCUAAACCACAGAAAUUAUAGGCAUAUAUUUGGAAUUUCAGACACUGCUUAUAUAUUUUUUUUAAAAAAUCAGUACAUGUAUGAUUAUUUGAAAUAUAUAUUAUGAUGAAAAUGGCAGAAAAUUGUAUUGAUAGAGAUUUACAUUUGGAUUCUUUUUAAUAUCCAGUACCAAACUUUAUAAAAGGGCUAAUAAAAAAGAAAAUAUCAUGUAUUCUAAUGAAUUGCUUGUGUAAUACAAUCAAUUGGUGUGAAAUUUUUGUCUUGUAUAUUUCAUAUUUAUUGUAUGUCCGUAAAAACAAAUAAAUUGUCUUGUUUUCUUAACAGAAAUAAG